AUGUUGUCAAAUUUAGUUAAAAGUUUCAAUAAAAUCAACAUCAGUAAUACCAGUACCAUUGGUAGUGUCAGAACUAUCAUUUAUACUAAUCCAAAUGAAGUUUCAUUAAACAAUUUAAGAGAUAAUCCAGGUGCAACCAAAACAAAAAUUAGACUUGGUAGAGGUAUGGGUUCAAAUAAAGGUAAAACUUCAGGUAGAGGUCAUGGUGGUCAAAAAGCUAGAGCUGGUCACAAUAUUCCAAGAGCUUUUGAAGGUGGUCAAACCCCAUUAUUCAAAAAAAUGAGAAAAUAUGGUUUUUCAAACUCUAAAUUCGAAAGAGUUUAUAACCCAGUCAACUUUAAUACAUUAAAUAGAUUAAUUACAGAAGGCAAAAUUAACCCAAAUGAAACUAUUACAAUGAAGCACUUAUUUGAUUUAAAUGUCACUGGUUCAAUUUCACAUGGUAUUAAACUUUUAUCAGAUGGCAAGGAAUAUUUCAAGCAUAAAAUUAAUAUUGAAUUAACAGAUUUUUCAAAAGCAGCUAAAGAAACUAUUGAAAAUUUAGGUGGUACAGCCCAACCAGUAUAUUAUGAUCGUGUAGGUCUUAGAUAUUUAUUAAAACCAGAAAAAUUCGAUUUCACACCAAAAAGAGCUAGAGUUCCAUUAAAACUUAAAGAUAAAUUCCCAGAUCAUGUCACUGGUUACAUGGGAGCAUUCUCAACUGUAGGUGGAUUAAAAGCUAUAGAUACUGAAGCCGAAGAAUCAAAUUAA